AUGUCAGGCGAGUCGAAAGAUCAACAGUCUCGCAGACUUCCCAUCUGGGCCCUGAGCCCGCGAGAGGAGAAAGAGGCUCGUCAGAACCUCAAGAAAUUCGCUUACGACCAGUGCGGUGAAUACGUGAAAGCCAUGGUGGAAUGCUCGAAGUUGCACGGUCUGAAAUUGUUUCCAGCAUGCGAAUCCCAACGAGACCGUAUGGCAGAAUGCAUACUUUCAUUCCAAGGAGAAACAUUCGUGGACCAGGAGCGAGACAAAAUAGUUCAACGCAGAAUCCAGCGGCUGGAGGACCAGCUUAACCAGCAGCAGCUCCGGCAGAAGGGAGACAACUGA